UUACAUUACAUUUAUACCUUACUGACAACAGACCAUUGACUUUAUUCACAUUGAUAUAAACAUAUUUCUAACAUUGUAAAUAUCAUAAUUAAUAGCACUGAAACAAUAACGAAGAUGCUGCUAAUUGCAUUUAAUUAACACUUAUUUUACAUCUAGUCAAAGAACAAUAAACAAAUUACACUAGCUUCAGUAAGGUUGCCUUAACGAACAUUUUGACUAAUUUAUCUUGGGGUACUUUUUCGUUUUAAAUAAUACUGGGUGUACAUUAUAUAUGAUGUGCUUAGGGUUAUAUCAAUCAAAGGUAAUGUUACAUGACUCCCUUUUUAUAUAUUUCUACGGCAUUUUACGUUCGAGUUUGACCCAUAAAUAGUACCUGAGCACUUAAAAUAAUGGCUUGGGAUCAAAGUUUUCUUUUUGAACAUUUAAAUACAACAAACGCGGCAAGGUUAAAACUAAUCCCUAGAUUGAAUCUAAAGUCUGUUCUUCUUGCACUGUGAACGCAAACCUAAAGUCUGUUCUUCUUUCAGUGUGAACGCAAAACUAAUCUUUUUCUUCUGUCAAUGUGAACGUAAGUAAGAACACUACUAAAGCCUAAAUGUUCUACGAAUAAUAUGGGUCAAACAAUACUGAAUGAUGGAGUAUAAUUUCCUCAAUACAGCCAUUGAUACAAGAGUAAACCUCCAGCAGUUAAUAUGACAAUAAGCAUGUUGACCGCCUUCGAUGUCGUGUUUAUAGUUCCUAACACAGCAGUCAACGUACACUAACUUCCUCCUUGUUAGUUUUUUAAUAGGAUAAUUUAAGUAGAGACGAUAGGCCUAGCAAUACAAGGAACUUCUUUGUUAUAUUCCUGUAAACCACACCGACUCAGUUACUUAAACAGGAUAAAUUACUGGUACCGAGAAUAUGUUCAGAUCACGUUCACUUCUCUUACACACUAACCUACACUUUUUCGGCAGUAGACUUUGCCUAGUUGACGUCACGCAAUAGAAUACGCUUCACGAGCAGAAGACGCGUCAGGAGCACGUGCCUUUCUAAAGCUGUUCCUUCGCUGCGACUGCUAGUUUGGACGUUAGUAUUUUAGACCUUGCAAAUGGUCUUUCACUUUGACCGGAAGUUGAUACGAUCACUGUAGAAGCUAUGUUUGUUUUCGUUGGCAGUUAUAAAAACUACAAAAGCAAAGCUAGAUUGUCAAAACUGAGAUCUAGGAGAGUGUGGUCCCCAGAACAACAGACAGUGUCUGUCGCGUGUAUAGAUAGAGCCGUGAGUAAUCUAUAGAUAUGACGAUAAUCAUAAUUGUGAAUCCUGGGCUGAAAAUAAUUAUUGGCUUACACGCUUAAAGGAUACUUGUACGGACCUCACACUGGUAACCACUAGUGAAAAGUUUCAAUUUGGAAACACAAUCAAACAGUUGAUAGGGAAACGAAAAUUCAAGCAUGAUCUAUCUUUGACGGGUACAGAGGGCGCUUCAUACCAAGCUACAGAUCAUAUUGCAGAAGGUACGUCCGUUACUUAGUAGUUCUGAGGAAAAGAGUUACGCCUGUAUCAGGGGACGCUGUGUACUGAAUUCGCGCUUAACAUGGACACAUGGGAACAGAGUACGAAGGCACAGACUUUUAUUCCCAGGCAUCAGGGGUCCAUGUUGUUCACAUCUGGACAUUCUUGGCGUCAUAUCUCCAGCAGGCGGAUUUUUUCCAGGGUAUUUCAGCUCCUUCUCUUGAUUGUAUUGGUUGUCACCGUGGUGAUUAAUGUCCUUUUCAUUUUGGACACCAGUCGUAAGCUUCAAGAAGAGUCAUCUUAUCCAGAUAAUCCAGAAGGAAUAUCUGUUACUGAGAAAAGGCACAAGAGUCUGCGGCUUCAAGAAAGUUUACCAAAGACGCUAAUGAUAGAAGUGUUGUCAAGCCAGUCAAAAGUUUCAGUGUCUGUAGAUGGUACCACAAUUCUAGAGGAUGCUGAAGAUAAUAAAGGAAGAGGAAUUCAUGUUCUGGUACUGAAUCAAGCGACUGGUAGUGUGAUGGCUCAGAGAAUGUUUGACACCUAUUCACCCCAUGAAGAUGAGGCUAUGUCUUUAUUUUUGAAUAUGGUUUCAGAUGGAAGAAUAAUUAUCUUCACUAUUAAGGAUGAGGGUACAUUCCAGAUGAAGCAGCCAGCAAGAGACCUAAUGAAGAGAUUAGGGAGUAAAAAAUCUCAUGUAAUAGGUUGGAGGGAUAUGUGGGCCAUGGUCACCCAGAAAGGAGGUAAAAUGUUUGGAGAAUCCUACAGCAAAAGCCCGGAGUUUAAUAGUUGGGGUGCCCCAGUUCUCCUUCGAGUAGAAGUUCCCCUUGUACCAAUGGAAGACAGUGAAUGUGAUUGGCCAGAUACUGAAGAAAAUCAGCGGAGGCGAGCAUUCUGUAAUCGUAUUGAAGGGUAUGGCAGCGUUUGUAGCUGUUCUGAUCCUGCUCCUGUAACCUUCUCUCCAGAACCACUCCCAAACAGUCGGGUGUAUGAUGUGCCAGUUGCAAUCAUUGCUAGCAACCGACCUCAUUAUCUUUACAGGAUGCUUCGUUCUCUGCUUUCGGCACAAGGAGCUAAUGCAGAAAUGGUUACAGUGUUUAUUGAUGGUUAUUUUGAGGAGCCUCUAGAAGUAACUAGACUGUUUGGAUUAAGAGGUAUUCAGCACACACCUAUAGGACAGAAAAAUGCAAGGAUCUCGCAACAUUACAAGGCCAGCUUGACUGCAUCUUUUAACUUAUUUCCUGAUGCUAAAUAUGCAAUAAUUAUAGAAGAAGAUUUGGAUGUGUCCCCAGAUUUCUUCAGCUACUUCAGUCAAACAUUAGGGAUCUUGGAUGAAGACAAAACAGUAUAUUGUGUGUCAGCAUGGAAUGAUCAGGGUUAUGAACACACCAGUGAGGACCCAAGCCUUCUUUAUCGUGUGGAAACAAUGCCUGGGUUAGGCUGGAUUCUGAAAAGGAGCUUGUACAAAGAUGAACUUGAACCUCAUUGGCCAACACCAGAAAAGCUAUGGGACUGGGACAUGUGGAUGCGACUCCCAGACAUCAGAAAAGGACGGGAAUGUGUUGUUCCUGACAUAUCUAGGACUUACCAUUUUGGAUCUUCAGGACUGAACAUGAACUCUUAUUUCCAAGAUGUUUAUUUUAAGAAACAUGCUUUCAACACUCAACCCAAUGUGAAAAUAAAUGAUAUUGUCAGUGUUAAAAAAGAUAAUUAUGAAGCACAGUUAGAAGAUCUAUUAAGGAAAGCCAUUGUUUUGGACCAUAGUAAAUCACCAUGUGAGGAUAAUUUUAUACCUGAUACAAAGGGAAAAGUGUAUGUGAUGUUUAUUAAAAUGAAUAAUCAUAGGGAUUUCACCUCAUGGCUUCAAGUAUCAAAAUGUUUUAAGGUUUGGGACCUUGAUGCUAGGGGUUAUCAUAAAAGCAUGUGGAGAAUGUUUAUGAAAGGAAAUCAACUACUGAUAGUUGGAGUGCCAAAUUCUCCUUACUCAAUCUUCAAGCCUUCCCAAGUCACACCAAUUCUUCUAGAAAAUCACAAAAUGGAUAGAAACAGGAUACGAUAAUUGAAAAAAAUAUAGUGAAUCCAUUUCUUCAUUACAGUAGAAAAAUAGAUUUUGAAACAUUUCAGACAUACUGAAAUGUAAUGUGUCAUAAGUCUCAGUACUUAUAGGUAUAAGGAAAACUGAGUUUGAUCUAGGCUUUCAUGGAAAUGAUCUCAUGAUGUUGAGCUUAUAAACAAAAUACUGAAAAGCACUGUUGUUCCACGUGCACGUUUUUGUGAUAGGUUGUGAGUUAGAAAGGACUGGAGGGAUUGAAGGAUUGAGGAACAAAGAAUAAAACAAGGAAGCUCAGAGGAGCUGAAAAAUCAGUUUAGAAUUCUUAAUUUUUGCAACAUACUAAAUAUUUUAAUUUGAGCUGAGAAAGUGUAAUGUGUUUACUUUAUACAUGUAGUAUACAGUGUCCAUGUAGUUUUUGUGAGAUAAAAGUAUUGUGGUCGAUGAAAUAUUCAGUAGCACCUUAUAGGUUGUGAAGCAAGCCAGGAAACUAAAUGUUUCACACUUUCGCAUUAUCGGGCAUGCUUGUACAAAUAAAAUAAAACUAAAAAUCUCCAGUUUGUAUCUUAUGAGAUUGUAUAAUUAUUGCAGUUUAUUCUAUUGAUCCUUAAAAAUUGACUAGAGUGUUUGUUUUACAUGCUUGAAGAUCCAAUUUACACACUGACUGACUGCUUUAUUAGGAUCCUGCCUAACAUUGGAUUGGACCAGGCUAUAUUUUCCUAUGAUAACCACCUCCAAUCAGCAAUUCCACAAGACACCAGAGUGUUUUUCAACAAAAGCCCAUUUGUUAAGAGUAUGGUCUACAACUGGUUCAUAGACACUGGAAAAAUAUUAUGGUGGGAAAAACAUUCAGGUUUACCGAAAGAGGGUUGUUUGAGUUGAGGUACAUUGAUGUUGGUCAAGAAAGAUGACUGAAAUCACUCUUACACUUGGGCCAGUCUUAGUUGAUAUAAGCCUAGUUGUUUAUUGCAACAUCAUAUCAAAAAAGCCCUUACCUGCUAGGGUGGAAGUGCAGCUUUAUGAGAUAAUUACAGUUGGCAAUGAUUUUUGACUACAUGCUGGAUGUUAUUCAUCCUUUAAAAGAAUAAUAAAAAGAAAACUGUCACAAUAACAUUCCUCAUGCAAUUGCACCAUCUCCAGCACUAUUGAAAUAAUGCAAGUAGAGUCAAGUGCCUUGUGAGUUUUUCAUUAGUUUACUUUAUCAUGAGUACAAAAAUAAAAGUGAAAUGCAACUAACAAGACAAAAUUAUAAUUUUAUGUUUACAGUUAACUGAUAUGAAUGUUAUUUGUAUUGGAUAUAACUGAUAUUUAAAUCCCUUUUACUUAUAGUACAAUGAGAGAUGUAUACGUCUCAUGAUCUUUGGAGGAUUCAGUCAAUUGGGACACAGUCCCAAUGUUGCACAUUACAAACUUGUCCAGUUGUCUUUUCUCUUAGUCUGUUUUCGUGAAUUUGUGGCUUCAGUUCUUCCGAGUAGUUCACAUUCCCUUUCAAUU